UAAAAGAUAUUAUCGAGAGCAAAUCAUUGUCAGAAUCGAUAGAAAUGGAAAUAUUUCAAUCUUUUUUCCCCCAAAUUUUAAACCAUUAAAAUCCAGAGCAGGGAAGAACCUUAUCUACAGCCCAAGUUCCUAGCAUCCCUCAGUACCUUCACCCUCUUUCACCCCCCAGAUGCUGGCACUGUCCUCUGACUCCUUCUCUUCGACUCUGAACCACAAAUGUCAGUACCAAUUCGAAACCCCACUUGGGUCUCCAAGCGAAGGCUUCUCGAGCAGAAGAUCUCAGACCUCCAUAGAUGCUCUAGCCUCAACCAAGUAAAGCAAAUUCAUGCCCAGGUCCUCAAAGCUAAUCUCCAUCGGGAAUCUUUUGUGGGGCAGAAGCUCAUUGCUGCAUUCUCUCUCUGUCGCCAGAUGACGCUGGCUGUCAAUGUUUUUAAUCAAAUUCAAGACCCAGAUGUGCUUUUGUAUAAUACUUUGAUUAGAGCACACGUUCGGAACUCGGAGCCAUUGCUGGCGUUUUCGGUUUUCUUUGAAAUGCAGGAUAGUGGGGUGUGUGCGGAUAAUUUCACGUACCCGUUUCUUUUAAAGGCGUGUUCGGGGAAGGUUUGGGUGCGGGUAGUGGAAAUGAUCCAUGCCCAAGUGGAAAAAAUGGGGUUUUGCUUGGAUAUUUUUGUGCCCAAUUCGCUUAUUGAUAGUUACUUCAAGUGUGGUUUGGAUGGCGUUGCUGCGGCGAGGAAGGUGUUUGAGGUGAUGGCGGAGAGAGAUACUGUUUCCUGGAAUUCGAUGAUUGGAGGGUUGGUGAAAGUGGGCGAGUUGGGGGAAGCUCGGAGGUUGUUUGAUGAAAUGCCAGAGAGAGAUACUGUGAGUUGGAAUACGAUAUUAGACGGGUAUGUUAAGGCGGGAGAGAUGAAUGCGGCAUUUGAAUUGUUUGAGAAGAUGCCGGCCAGGAAUGUUGUGUCCUGGUCCACGAUGGUUUUGGGUUAUAGCAAGGCCGGGGAUAUGGAUAUGGCGAGAAUCUUGUUUGAUAAGAUGCCUGUCAAGAACUUGGUUCCGUGGACCAUAAUGAUAUCGGGGUAUGCUGAAAAGGGGCUUGCUAAAGAUGCAAUUAACUUGUACAACCAAAUGGAGGAGGCUGGAUUGAAGUUUGAUGAUGGGACUGUUAUUAGUAUUUUAUCUGCCUGUGCAGUUUCUGGUUUGCUUGGAUUGGGUAAGAGAGUUCAUGCCUCCAUUGAGAGGACCAGGUUUAAGUGCAGCACUCCAGUGAGCAAUGCAUUGAUUGAUAUGUAUGCAAAGUGUGGUAGUUUGGAGAAUGCCUUAAGCAUCUUUCAUGGAAUGGUGAGGAAAGAUGUGGUGUCUUGGAAUGCCAUAAUUCAAGGACUAGCCAUGCAUGGACAUGGUGAGAAAGCACUUCAGCUCUUCUCUAGAAUGAAAGGAGAAGGGUUUGUGCCUGAUAAGGUCACCUUUGUUGGUGUCUUAUGUGCAUGUACCCAUGCAGGUUUUGUUGAUGAGGGCCUUCAUUAUUUUCAUGCAAUGGAGAGAGAUUAUGGGGUUCCUCCCGAAGUUGAGCAUUAUGGUUGCAUGGUUGACCUUUUGGGGCGUGGUGGGCGUCUUAAGGAAGCUUUUCGGCUUGUACAUAGCAUGCCAUUGGAACCAAAUGCAAUCAUUUGGGGUACCCUUUUGGGAGCAUGCCGGAUGCAUAGUGCUACUGGACUUGCAGAGGAGGUGUUUGAUCGUCUGGUUAAAUCUGAGCUAUCAGACUCAGGGAAUUUAUCUAUGUUGUCAAAUAUUUAUGCUGCAGCAGGAGAUUGGGACAAUUUUGCUAAUAUAAGGCUAAGAAUGAAGAGCACAAGCAUCCAAAAACCAUCAGGGGGUAGUUCAAUUGAAGUGGAUGAUGAGGUUCAUGAAUUUACAGUUUUUGAUAGAUCACACCCUAAAUCGGAUAGAAUCUACAAGACGAUUGAUGGGUUGGGCCAGCACAUUAACAAGCUGACUACGAGUAGUUGAUGCAGAGAACUGUUUGGGAAGGAAUAUUGCUGAAGUGGUGCUUAUACUGCAUGCAUCCUCUCAGUCCAAGUGGCAGGAGCACUUUGGCAAAAGCUAUAUUGGACAAUAUUUAAGAAAGGACAUCCUCAAGGAUGCUUUUCCCUAUAGCUUCUUUAGGCAUGAAUUGGCUGCAGUUACUGAAGAGAAGAGUGUGGCAUUGCUUCUUGUAUGUAUACAUUGUACACUCAUUCAAGCUUCUGGCAACUCUCAAUUGUAUUAAAUUUCUAGACAAUUAUAAAAUGAGCCUUACAAUAAUCAUGUAAUAUCUUGUCUCCUAUGACCAUGUUGACAUCACACAUCUGAUAUGGUUCUUGUGUCUUUUGAACAAAAUACCAGUUCAUUAUCACAAUGUACUUGCUUCACUGAGAGUAUAACACUGGAGACUGAUUGAUAA